AUGCAGGCGACGACGAAUGUAAAGCUGUCCAUCUUGGGCAUGCUCGAUCUGUUCCCUGCCCUCGCCUCUAUUGUUGCAGUGGGAGUCUUAUCUGUCUUGACCGGACUGUUUCGCAGCCAACGAGACGCGCCUAGCCUUCACCUUCACAUUGCGUAUGCCAUCUUGAGAAAGGCCACGACAAGACUGACUCCCCUUCAACUGCAACUAAUCUCCCCUUUGACCGACGUCGUGUACAAGCAAUACGCACGCUCCGCCAAGUUUAAGCCCGAGACUGUAGACCUUGGUGCUGGAGCCCACGGUCACUGGAUUGGAAAUAAGAACGCCAAAAAUGUCUUGAUUUGGUACCAUGGCGGCGGCUUUUGUCUCCCUGCAAACAUGGGAUACUUCAAGUUCCUCGAGAGCCUCGUUGCUUCGUCUCAAAAGUCUAAUCAAGACUUGGCCGUCUUUGUCUUGACCUACACAUUGGCGCCAGGCGCGGCGUACCCUACCCAGCUCACGCAAGCAGUGGCAGCACUACGGUACAUAGUGAACAACACGGGCCGAAAGCCGUCUCAGGUGCUCAUCGGAGGUGAUUCUGCCGGAGGAAACCUGGUCAUGGGGGUUUUGUCCCACCUCGCCCAUGGACAUCCGGCCAUCCCCAAGCUCGAGUUGAGCGAGCCGCUGGCGGGAGCUGUGGGCAUCGCGCCGUGGACACUAAUCGGUGAAGACCAUGGUGAUCGGGAGAUAUACUCUGGCGGCGAUUUGAUCACCCCGGCGGUAGACAAGCCUUGGUCGAGCGCAUUCCUCGGAGGCUCAGACAAGGACUAUUUUACAAGCGCCUCGACGGCACCGAAGAGUUGGCUUGCUGCGUUCCCAGUCAAGAGAGUACUAAUUCUUGGCGGAGGAAACGAGAUUUUGCUGCCUGCAAUUGAAGAUUUGGCAGAGAAGCUCCAGGAUGCCCUCCCCAAUGUGGAGUUGUUCAUCGGCCACCGUGAAGGCCAUGUCGCUCCGGUAUAUAACCUCUACGUUGGUGACAAUACAGAAACGCUGCAGGGCAAAAAGGUCAAGGCGUGGUUGAGGGAAAUAUUAUAG